AACGGCCUAAUGUGGCCUAGCUUUAGUCGCAACACCCAAACACGUGUGGAAAUACAGCAAACAGACAGCAUCGUUGUUCGUUCUUUAACUUGUGAUCAGUAACAUUUACCUCCGGUUGUGUAAAGCCUAAAGGAUUUUAUUCGGUAAUUUUUUAACAAAAAGGCUUCUAGCAACUCACUUUCCUGAUAAAUUCCAUAUAUGAAGACAGCCCUUAGCCAUGGUGAAGAAAAAAAUUGAUAAUCGAAUCCGUAUUCUCAUUGAAAAUGGAGUGGCCACAAAACACAGGUCCAUGUUUGUGGUGGUUGGGGAUCAUGGUAGGGAUCAGGUGGUUAUUCUUCAUCACAUGCUGUCCAAAGCAGCUGUAAAGGCACGACCUUCUGUCCUGUGGUGUUACAAAAAAGAACUUGGCUUUAGCAGCCAUCGGAAGAAACGGAUGCGGCAGAUUACCAAAAAAAUAAAAAGUGGACGCAUAGAUGUAAAUGAAGACGACACAUUUGAGCUUUUUAUAGCUGCAACUAACAUUCGAUACUGCUACUAUGCAGAGACACAUAAGAUUCUUGGAAACACUUACGGCAUGUGCAUUCUACAGGAUUUUGAAGCUCUCACUCCCAAUCUUUUGGCUCGCACCAUUGAGACUGUUGAAGGUGGAGGGAUUGUGGUAGUGCUGCUGCGAUCUAUGAGUAGCUUUAAACAGCUAUAUACCAUGACUAUGGAUGUGCAUGCUCGGUACAGAACAGAAGCACACCAAGAUGUAGUAGGGCGAUUCAACGAAAGGUUUCUUCUGUCGCUCACCUCAUGUGAUACAUGCAUGGUCAUUGAUGAUAAGCUCAACAUUCUACCUUUGUCUUCAAACAUCCUUAACAUUCAGCCCAUACCACCACGUUCCUUGGAAGAUGGUUUGUCACCAAAGGAACAAGAACUUCAGGAGCUAAAAUCCUCUUUGCAAGAUACUCAGCCUGUGGGUUCCAUAGUCAGCAGCUGCAGAACUCUUGACCAGGCAGUAGCAGUUCUGAAGUUUGUGGAAGCCAUUUCAGAAAAAACACUACGAAGCACUGUUGUUAUGACAGCUGCCAGAGGAAGAGGAAAGUCUGCUGCUUUGGGUUUGGCUAUGGCAGCUUCUGUUGCAUUUGGGUACUCCAACAUAUUCAUCACUGCACCCUCACCCGAAAAUUUGAAGACAGUGUUUGAUUUCGUCUUCAAAGGUUUUGAUGCCUUGGAUUACCAGGAGCAUCUUGAUUAUGAGAUUAUUCAGUCAACAAAUGCUGAGUUCAACAAAGCUGUUGUACGUGUAAAUAUCUUCAGAGAUCAUCGUCAGACUAUUCAGUACAUUCAUCCCAGUGAUAGUCAUAAACUGGGGCAGGCGGAGCUCGUGUGUAUUGAUGAAGCAGCUGCCAUUCCACUUCCUUUAGUGAAGAAUCUCCUGGGUCCAUACUUAGUGUUCAUGUCUUCAACAAUUAAUGGAUAUGAAGGAACUGGUAGAUCUCUGUCACUGAAGUUGAUUCAGCAGUUGCGGCUGCAAUCAGCAACAUUUGGUGCUGUUUCUACAGAGGUCAAGAAAGCAGCCAACAUGGCAACCAAAACUGAAAGGACUGUAUCUGCAUCAGGUCGUGUCUUUCAUGAGCUAAACCUCAACGAGUCAAUUCGCUAUGCUGACAAAGAUCCAGUAGAGAAAUGGUUGAACGGACUGCUGUGUCUUGAUGCCAGUGUUAUUCCACGCAUGUCCUCUGGUUGCCCUGCACCACAGACUUGUGAUCUAUAUUAUGUCAACCGAGACACACUUUUCUCCUACCAUAAAGCAGCAGAGGGUUUUCUGCACCGAAUAAUGGCGUUGUAUGUGUCUUCUCACUACAAGAACUCUCCUAAUGACCUUCAGAUGCUGUCAGAUGCCCCUGCACAUCAUAUAUUUGUGCUUUUGGGGCCUGUAGAUAUCUCGAAGACUGCCCUGCCAGAGGUUCUGUGUGUGCUGCAGGUUUGCCUUGAAGGUGAGAUCUCAAAGACAAGUAUCAUGAACAGUUUAGCACGAGGAAAGAGGGCAUCUGGCGAUCUUAUACCAUGGACCAUUUCACAGCAGUUUCAAGAUGGAGAUUUUCCUGGUCUUUCUGGAGCUCGAAUUGUUCGGAUUGCUACACAUCCUGAGUACCAGGGGAUGGGUUAUGGCACCAGAGCUAUGGAACUUCUGCAACAGUAUUAUGAGGGUAAACAACCAAGUCUGAGUGAAGACACCGUGCCAGAUGAAGAAAAUACAAUCACCAAUGUAGCAGAGGAGGAUGUUAAUUUGCUGGAGGAGAGCAUUUGCCCUCGGAAAAACUUGCCUCCAUUGUUGUUAAAACUGAGUGAAAGACGGCCUGAAAAAUUGGACUACCUUGGUGUUUCAUAUGGCUUGACAUCAGAAUUGCUCAGAUUCUGGAAGAAGUGUGGCUUCUCUCCAUUGUACCUUCGACAAACUCAGAAUGACUUAACUGGUGAGCACUCAUGCAUCAUGCUGAAGAUUCUGAAUGAGGAUGCUGAGGAGAAUUCUGGAGAUUCAUGGCUGCUUGCCUUCUGGAAAGAUUUCAGACGGCGUUUUGUCUCACUGCUGUCGUACCAGUUCCGUGAAUUUCGUCCUCAGCUUGCUUUAAACAUUCUUGAGCAGAAAAGAUUUAAGGAACAAAGCCGAGUUCGGUUGACCCGUCAAGAGCUAGAACUUUCCAUGACAAGUUAUGAUUUGAAGCGGCUGGAGCUGUACUCACAGAACAUGGUUGACUAUCAUUUGAUAGUGGAUCUCCUACCGACACUUGCACGCCUCUUCUUUACUGGCCGAAUCGAUGUUCAUCUUUCAGCUGUACAAAAUGCAGUGAUCUUGGCACUGGGCCUUCAGCACAAGACAGUGGAUGUUAUUGAGAAGGAACUAGAGCUUCCCUCCAAUCAGGUUUUGGCUCUCUUCAACCGCAUCAUCCGUAAAUUUGCACAGCACUUGAAUGAAAUUGUAGAAGAAGAUGUAGAGUCUGGAAUGGUGGAGAGAAAAGAGAUCAUUAUGAAGCCUGCCAAGCAGACAUUGGAGGAAGAUUUGAGAGAAGGAGCAGCUGCAGUAGAAGCUGAGCACAAGAAGAGCUCAGCGGCCAGUGUUUUGGCCGAUUCUGACCUUUCACAGUUCACCAUCCAAGGUUCUGAGCAGAGCUGGAAAGAAGCCUUGAGUGGUACGGCCAAGACUGGCAUCAUCAGUAUAAAAGGGUCUUUGGAACGAAAGAGAAAAGCAAAGGAAAUAGAUAUCACAGCUCCUGAAAGCAAAAAGAAAGGAAAGAAACACAAGCGAAAGCACUGAGAAGCAUGUGAACAGAGACAAUAACUGUGAUUAUGGGGGUGGUGGGGAGUCAAGAUCCCUGUAUAUUGAUCGUGAAAUCAGCUGUCUUAACAAAAUACUGAUUAAACCAAACUGAAAGAUGGAUUUACCAAAGUUAUUAAAUUGAAUUUUGAUAAAACA